AUGACUGUCAUCACUUUCACUGUCUCGGUGCUGUGCCUGCUGCCUCAGGCGGUGCUGGCGCGGUGGGCGUGUGUUCGGGCGUGUCCGGCGUCCUGCUCCUGCACUCAGGAGAGGAGCUGCAGUGUGCUGUGCGACCGCUCCGGCCUGGCUGAGCUGCCCAAAGAGUUUCCCUGCGAGGCCUCUGCCAUCAACCUGGACAAGAACAGACUCAAGUUCCUGUCAGAAAGGGCCUUCGGUACUCUGCCGUCCCUCAAGUCUCUGUCUCUGGACCACAACAACAUCUCCUUCAUCACUCCUGGAGCCUUCAAGGGCCUCUCCAACCUGGUGGAGCUGAAAAUGGCGCACAACGAGUACAUCAGCUACCUUCAUACACGAACGUUCACGGGGCUGAAGAAGCUGGUGCGUCUGGACCUGUCCGACUGUAACCUCUUCAACAUCCCCGACCGAAUCUUCAUUGAGCAAAUGGCGCUGAAGGAGCUGCUCUGCUUCCAGAACAACUUCAGGAGGAUCCCCGGAGCCAUCAGGGGCAUGGAGAACCUGACCCACAUCUACCUGGAGAGGAACAAGAUCGAGGCGGUGGCCUACAACUCCCUGCUGGGCCUGGGGAGUCUCAAGUACCUGAAUCUCCAGGAGAACCGUAUUAACGUGAUCCAUGACCAGGCCUUCCAGGACCUGGUGCGGCUAGAGAACUUCUACCUCAAUGACAACCUGCUGUCUGAUCUGCCCCGGCUCGCCUUCAAGGGCCUCAGCCGCCUCAAGAUGCUCAACCUCGGAGGAAACCAGCUGACUAACGUGUCCAAGACCUGGUUCAGUGACCUGGUGGAGCUGGAGAUCCUGUACCUGGACAGGAACCAGCUGCUAUACAUCGAGGAAGGCACCUUUGAGAACCUGACCAGCCUAAUCACGCUGCACCUGAACAGCAACAACCUCACCACCCUUCCCUUCCCUGUUUUCCAGCCCAUCUACUUCCUGGGUCGACUCUACCUCUUCAGAAACCCCUGGGAGUGCGACUGCUCCCUCGAGUGGCUGAAGGACUGGAUGGAAAACUACAAGCUGGUGCGGGACAUCCCCUGUGCCUCACCUUCUUCGGUGGCGGGACUGGAUCUCAGUGAGGUGGUCUUUGCUAAGGUGAACAGCACCUGUGUGGACCCUGCGGAGUUGAACCUCACCACGGCCUCUUCAGAUCUCGCCUCCACCACGGAGAACCGCUUCAACAGCCUCAUAUCCAAGCUGCUCCAGCAGGAGCUCAGAGAGGAGAUGGGGAACAGCACAGAGAGCCUCCGCAAUGGAACCCUGAUGGAGCUGGACGAGGGGCAGCUCUCUGCGGGGGUCAGAGGUCAACAGGCCCUGACAGGCCAAUUACUUCUCUGCUUCGUUGUAGCGUGGUUCAUCUGUGGUUUGAUUGGUCCGUCAGAUGUCAGUGUCUGUCUUUAUAGCACAUGAAAACUGUGGAAACGGGGAAACAGGGAGUCGCAGUUCACACUGCCAAUGAGAUAAAAGAUGUGUGUAUGUUUCCAGGUGAGAACCAGGGAACAUGUGGUCACAGGUG